AUUUUAGGGCAUUUCCGAGCAAGAUGUGGAUACUCCUGUUUGUGCCUUCUGGAAUUACUACUUGCCUGACACAAUUGGAGGAUCUUGGGAUAAAACAGGUUGUCAAAUGGUAUCCACCAAUAGGACUCAUACAACCUGCGAAUGUGUGCACUUUACUCACUUCGCUAUCCUUAUGGAACCACCGCCUCCACCGCCCCCUGAUAUUGUGGAUAUGGUGUUUGUUUGGUCUGCGAGAGCACUAGCUGGAGUCUCAGAAACAUUGCUGUUUCUUCUCAUCUGUGUCUUCGUCUGUUGCACUCGUGUUCGUUCACUUCGUCAUCUGAUCCACGCACACGUGGCGUUGUCAUGCAUGUUAUCAAUCCAGUUUCUGUGUUUGGCAACACUCGAGUGGACACCGUUGAUCUGCCUGGUGAUGGGUGCAUUGUUUGAGUACUUCUGCCUUGCUUUUGCCUUUUGGCUUCUAAUCGAGUCCAUCCAAGGACUGAGCGAUGUCCACUUCGGCUACAGACAAGCUGACCGCAUCAUUACCUCGUGCCCAGUGCCAGAGAGAUACUACGGGUACAUGUGCCUUGCAUGGGGUGCUCCCGGCCUUGUUGUAGGUGUCACCAUAGCAAUUAACAUUAAUGCAUUCCAAGAACUCAACAGUGGUUUAUGCUGGGUUACUGAUGAACAUGACCUGUACCUGUCAUUUUAUGGACCGCUUGGUGUUUGCUUCGGUCUCACGAUGUUGUUUAUGUUCAUCGUAAGACGCGGCGUGGACAAAUUUUUCAAUACAGAGACACUCAGUUCAAGUAUGCUUGCGACUUGUGUCAUUUCCAUAGUUAACGUCGGAGCCUGGGCGGCUGGUUAUUUGGGCUUUUACGGACCGACAAUCGUUGCUUAUUAUAUCUACCUCCUGACCUAUGCCUCCAUGUUAAAGCUCAUCUUUGGGAAGAAUCUCAACAUGCUCAAGGGGCAUCGUAAAAUCAGAGGCAUUGGAAAUGGGAGAAACACCCCUGUUGAGAAGAUUACUAUCACACAAGACAAUGACAAUACGGGCAAGAAGAGGAAGAAAAAGAAGAAAGGGAAGAAGCCAGUCACAUAUGUACCUGGCGGGAAGGACCAUUGGUCACGCGACUCGUCCAAGCUACCUGGCAGAACAAACGCCUCGGUUAGGAUUCAACCCAGGGCUGACAACGAAAAGAAAAUUAUCCUUUCCUAG